AAAUAGAGUAAUUUGUAAAAAAAAAUUAAAAGUUAAAAAUAAAAUAAUAAUUCCAUAUCUAAUUUAUUUUUAGGGAGUCCCCAACCCGUUCACAUAAGAUUUGACGAGAACAUCGGAGAUCAAAUGCUAAAAUUCCACCGUCGGUGACCACUGCAAUGACCCUCCGACUGCUCGGUACAGUGACCGUCAACAAGAUGAACAAUUUGGCUGGGUUAUGAUAAGGUGCCUCAUUUCACUUGGUAGCUUUUUGAUUAAUUUGGCAUCUAAAGUGGAGUUUCAUGGAAGCUAAACCACUAUGGGGUGCCUGAAUAAGCAUAUUGAAAUGAAUGGUGUAUGUUCAGAGCCCAAAGGUGGCACCUUGAAGCCAUCCAGGGGUGCCUUGGCUUGUAUGGUGAAUUCUGAAAUUGGUGCAGUUUUAGCUGUGAUGAGGAGAAAUGUACGGUGGGGGGUUCAUUAUGCCGCUAAUGAUGACCAGUUAGAGCACUCUCUUAUUCAAUCCUUCAAGGAUCUACGGAAAAAUAUAUUCUCAUGGCAACACCAAUGGAAUACUAUUGAUCCAAUUGCCUAUCUCCAACCAUUUCUGGAUGUGGUUCAAUCUGAUGAAACUGGUGCCCCAAUCACUGGUGUUGCUUUGUCAUCCAUUUACAAAUUCUUAAGUCUUGAAAUUAUUGAUUCAACUACUAAGAAUGUAGAUAAGGCUUUGCAUCAGAUAGUUGAUGCUGUAACCAGCUGUCGUUUUGAAGUGACUGAUUCUGCCUCUGAAGAAGUGGUGCUGAUGAAAAUUCUUCAAGUUCUUUUGGCUUGCAUGAAAAGUAAGGCAUCAGUUUAUUUGGGUGAUCAUCAUGUAUGCAACAUAGUAAAUACCUGCUUCCGAUUGGUCCAUCAGGCAAGUGCCAAAAGUGAACUGUUGCAGAGGAUAGCACGUCACACAAUGCAUGAAUUGGUUAGGUGCAUUUUUUCUCACCUGUCUGAUAUUGAGAGUAAAGAAGAUGGUUUGGCUCAAGGAAGCAGAUCACAUGGUACCCUUGAGGUUGGUUCGAUGAUGGAAGGUCAAACUUCUGGGGAUGGACAAUCUGACAGUGGUUCUGUUAAUGCAGAAUCUAAUCACAAGGCACCAUCGGAUGAAGGUUCUGUUAAUGUGGCUCCUUCAAAUGUAUCCUCAGACCCGUUGGCAAGCAAGGAUGAAAAGGUUGGCCAGAGGAAGGAGAUUGCUAAUGGUGGAGGGCUUUCCAUGAUGGAUCCUUAUGGGAUCCCUUGCAUGGUGGAGAUACUUCAUUUCCUAUGUUCCCUUCUGAAUGUGAUGGAUCACAUGGAAAUUAGUCCAAGAUCCAACCCUAUAGCAUAUGACGAGGAUGUUCCCCUUUUUGCACUGGGCUUAAUUAAUUCAGCAAUAGAAAUAGGUGGGGCUUCUUUUGGUAGCCAUCCAAAAUUAUUGGCCCUGAUACAGGAGGAGUUAUUCCAAACUUUGAUGCGCUUUGGCUUGUCGAUGAGUCCCCUAAUCCUUUCAACAGUUACUAGCAUUGUUCUCAAUCUUUAUCAUCAUCUCCGUGCUAAACUAAAGCUGCAGCUUGAAACAUUUUUCUCUGGUGUGCUCUUGAGGAUUGCAGAGAAUAAGCAUGGAGCUUCUUAUCAACAGCAGGAGGUUGCUUUAGAAGCUAUUGUUGACUUUUGUAGGCAGCAUGUUUUCAUGACUGAGAUGUAUGUAAACUUCGAUUGUGACAUAUCUUGCAGCGACAUUUUUGAAGACCUUGCUAAUCUGUUAUCAAAGAGCACUUUCCCAGUUAACAGCCCUUUAUCAGCAAUGAACACUCUUGCUUUGGAUGGUCUGAUUGCCAUGGUUGAGGGUAUGGGUGAGAGAAUUGGGCAUGGUUCAGUUUCAGAACCUGCUUCGUCAGAUUCUGAAGAAUAUAAGCCAUUUUGGGUAGAGGUAUGCGAGGACUACAAUGACCCUACUCAUUGGGUUCCUUAUGUGCGUAAGAUGAAGCAAAUUAAGCGGAAGUUGAUUAUUGGAGCAGAUCACUUUAACCAAGAUCCAAAGAAGGGUCUGGAAUUUGUUCAAGGAAAGCAUUUGCUACCUGCUAAACUGGAUCCCGUAAGUGUAGCAUCUUUCUUCAGAUAUGCACCUGGAUUAGAUAAGAAUCUUGUCGGGGAUUUCUUAGGGAGCCAUGAUGAAUUUUGCAUUGCAGUGCUUCAUGAAUUUGCAAGGACAUUUGAUUUUCAGGACAUGAAUUUGGAUACAGCUCUACGUGUAUUUUUGGAAACAUUUCGAUUGCCUGGAGAGUCACAAAAAAUACAGAGAGUUCUUGAAGCAUUUGCUGAAAGAUAUUAUGAGCAAUCGCGAGAUAUUCUGGCAAACAAAGAUGCUGCUCUCCUCCUGUCGUAUUCACUUAUAAUGCUUAACACUGAUCAACACAAUGCACAAGUUAAGAAGAAGAUGACAGAAGAUGAUUUCAUCCGUAACAAUCGGAGAAUUAAUGGAGGAAGUGACUUGCCUCGAGAGUUCCUGUCUGAGCUAUACCACUCCAUACGUGAGAAUGAGAUUCGCAUGCUGCCAGAUGCAGGUGCUGGAGCCUCUGCUAUGAUGCCAAGCUAUUGGAUUGGUCUAGUUCACAGAUCAAACCAAACUGCACCAUUUAUAGCAUGUGAUAUGGAACCUUACCUUGACAGGCAUCUCUUUGCCAUAUUGUCUGGGCCCACAAUUGCUGCCAUCUCUGUGGUUUUUGAUAAUGUGGAGCAGGAAGAUGUUUUGGAGACCUGUGUUGAUGGCUUCUUGGCCAUUGCUAAGAUUUCAGCAACCUAUAAUUUUGAUGAAGUGUUGGAUGAUUUGGUUGUAUCACUAUGCAAAUUUACCAACUUGUUGCUUCCAUCCUACUUUGAAGACUUUAUUCUUUCAUACGGAGAUGACAGUAAGGCGAGAAUGGCAACUACAGCAGUCUUCACCAUAGCAAAUAAGUAUGGUGACCAUAUUCACUUGGGUUGGAAAAAUAUUUUGGAUUGCAUUUUAAGCUUGCAAAUGUUGGGACUUCUUCCUUCCCGUCUUCUCAGUGAUGCAACUGAUGAUCCAGAGUCUUCUGCUGAUGUAGAAAACAGAUCUCCCGCAGUUUCUCCUUCCGAAUCUCAUGUCCCUCUACUAGCUUCUUCUACUAGGAAGUCAUCUGGCUUAAUGGGCCGAUUUAGCCAGUUUUUAUAUCUGGAUAUUGAAGAGCCUGCACCUCAGCCAAGCGAAGAGCAGAUUGCUGCUCGCCAACUCAUUCUCCAGAUGAUCCAAAGUUGUCACAUAGAUAACAUAUUUGCGGACAGUAAAUUUCUGCAAGCAGAUUCCCUAUUGCAGCUUGUUCAGGCACUUGUUUCGGCUGCAGGAAAGCCUCGUAAAGGAAAGCAGCGUUUGGAAGAGGAAGGGACUGCAGUGUUUUGCUUGGAGUUGUUGAUUGCAAUUGCACUAAAUAAUAGGGACAGGAUUAUGCUUCUUUGGCAACGUGUUUACGAGCACAUAGCCAAUAUAGUGCAGUCAACUGUAAUGCCUUGUGCUCUGGUGGAGAAGGCUGUUUUUGGACUUCUUCGAAUCUGCCAGCGUUUGCUUCCUUACAAAGAAAACCUAACUGAUGAGCUUCUUAUGUCUCUGCAACUCGUAUUGAAACUCGAUGCCCGGGUUGCUGAUGCAUAUCUGGAACAGAUCACCCAGGAAGUCAUGCACCUUGUGAAAGCAAAUGCCACGCAAAUACGAUCUCACACGGGUUGGCGCACGAUCAUUUCACUGCUUUCAAUCACAGCUCGGCAUCCAGAAGCAUCAGAGUCAGGAUACAAGACACUUUCGUUUAUCAUGGCUGAUGGGGCCCACCUGUUGCCUGCAAAUUACGUCCUUUGCAUUAACGCAGCCAGGCAGUUUGCAGAGUACCGAGUUGGAGAUAUUGAUCAAUCUGUAAAAUCCUUGGAUCUGAUGGCGGGUUCGCUCGUAUGUCUCGUGAGAUGGUCUCAGAAGACGAAGGAAGCGCUAGUGGAGGAGGCCGCCUUGAAAAUGUCUCAGGAUAUAUGGGAGAUGUGGCUGAGGCUGGUACAAGGGCUAAGAAAAGUAUGCUUAGACUCUCGAGAAGUAGUCAGGAAUCACGCAAUUUUGGCGUUACAAAGGUGCUUGACAGAAGUGGACGGAAUCCAUAUUCCAAACGACUUGUGGUUGCUAUGCUUCAAUCAAGUGAUUUUCACGUUACUGGAUGACUUGCUCGAAAUCACACAUCAGAAUUCCAUGAAGGAUUAUAGCAUUGAAGGGGCAAUCAUUUUGUCUUUGAAACUCAUGUCGAAAGUCUUUUUGCAGCGCCUGCAGGACCUCUUGCAGUUGCCAUCUUUCUCUGCACUAUGGUUGAGGGUUCUCGAUUGCUCGGAGAGAUGCAUGAAGGUAAAACUUAGGGGGAAACGAAGCGGGAAAAUCCCUGAACUCGUUCCAGAGCUCCUCAAGAACACUUUGCUCGUCAUGAAGACCAGUGGGAUUCUCUCACCCGGUGGUGACCUUACAGAGGGCGACAACUUCUGGCAUCUCACAUGGUUGCACGUAAAAAACAUAGCCCCAUCUCUUCAACCAGAAAUUUUCUCCCCAAUCGAACUAGAGCAAAUCCAGAAGCAGCAGCAUAUCCAACCAGGACUCCGUCCCCUACCCGAUGCAAGCAUUCUAGUUGCAUCAAGUGAAACCACAGCGUAAAAGUAAAAUUUACUGAUAUUUGUGCAAUGCUGAUCUCACUUUUUCUGAGUAUACAUACAUGAAACAUGCCAGAAUACAAUCUUGAAAAUGGCAAAAGUUGUAAAGUUUAAGAAUCAGGACUAUGUUCCAGGAAGGAACUCUGACAAAAAUCCUUCCAUGGCUGAACUGGCAUUGAUGUUCAUCACAGCCUCAAAAGGAAGUGGAAAGCAGAAUCAGAAUAGUGGCUGCCAUGGAUUUCUGUUAUAUAUAUAUCAUAGAACAGUGAAAGACAUUGAUUAGAAUGUUGAAUACAAUUACCAUUUUUGGAUUAGAGACUCAAAAGCAUAGGCAGUACUUCUGCAAUCCUGUUUGUGGGAAAGAUUGCACAUAUUACAUUACAUAAGCACAUCAUAUCAAAUGUAUGUUUCUCUGAACAAUAUCAAAGAUUGAAAUACCAACAUCUAAGUGCCUUUUUUGGGGGUGAAGA